GCCGCUCCUUGUCUGAUGUGAUCUGCGCUGGACACAAGCGCAGCCGUGGCUUUGUUUUUCCAAGAUUUCAAGAGGAUCUGUUGUGUACAUACAUCACAAGCCACACCCUAUGAUGAGGUAUACUUGACAGCAGCAAUCUCCGCGUACAUAUCGUGUAUUUAAAUUAUAUGAUCACGCAUCUUCACCACUACUGUUCCCUGAUUGUUGGAAGCAUUUGAAGAGAGACUCGGCUGUUUUUCAUUACUCAAGAAGACUGGCUGUGGCGAGGAGCUAAAAGUCACAUAGUUUUGCAUAUGGACUGUUUAUGAUACAAGUGUUCCGUAUCGAAGUACACAGUGUUCAGACUCGCUCAGACUGGGAGUGAUACACGCACCAACGGAACACCAUGGAAACGAUUUCGGAGCUUUGUCCAACGUAGUCGGAGUUGUAACAGUCUGUGUACGAGCGAGAUCUCUUGAAGCUUGUUCCUGUGGACCAUACCUGUGACUAAACUUGACAAUUUUCUACACAAAAUGAUGAGGGUCGUGGAAGCGAUUCCCGAUUAUGGCAGACGAGUCUGCAGGCUGGAGCUUCUGAUCUUGCUAGCCAUAGCGUUCUUGCUCUCUGAAAAAGGACUCUUCCCUUCAGAGGCCGACUCGGAAGACAGGACUGCAGAUUUGAAGUUGCAACCUUCGAAAGGCUGUAGACCAUUACGACCAGAAUCGUUUCAUCAUCCUGAAGAUUCUUCAAGCUUGAGUCACAUGGCUGUCUUCCUGGAAGACGUUCCCGGCGAACUACAUGGUCGAAGAAUUCUGGCCGACUCAGCCUCUUCCCCCAUGGCUACAAGUUCUGAUGUAAUUGUUGCAGCUCAAAGCCCUGGAUCUCCUGCACCCCCUGCAAAAAACGAUGUCCUACCAUAGUAUUGACGGAUGGGAUGAAGUCGGCUCUUGCUCCUCUGAGUAGGAGAGUACAAACAGACUAUUUGAUAGCAACAUCUGGUUGACAACCAUGCUCAUGAAGAUACAGUGGCAUGUGAAGAUUCAACUGCUUCAGUUUAGCAGAUUGUGGAACAUUAUUAGGAGUUACUGCGGAAGGCAGUAGUAGACGAUCUAACUCGCGUAACGACGUCAAUUCCAGUAAAGUGACAAUGAACCAGUUCAAGUCCCUUUGACUAUAACAGUAUAGAUGUUUAUCAUCUAUAUGUAUUAAAAAAUCAUUCAUUGCCUGUAAUAUUUUAUUUUCGGGAAAAAAUCAUUCAAUGUCA